GCGGUCCGGCCCCCAUCCGCAUACCUCAACACGACCCCCCCACCCCCUUCCUCUGAAGGACACGACGCGCUCCCUGAUACGCUGCUAGUUCCAGUGGGUUUGGACCCGACUCCUGAUCCAUCCACCACUGCACGGCUCCGGCUCUGACUCCCGGGCUCUCCACGUCCGCACACCCGCCAUGGCCGCCAAGAACCGGCAGAAGAGCGAGAAGGGCGAGAAAAGCGCCAGCAACCACGAAGAUGCGCCCAAGAAGAGCCAGAAGAGCAACGGCGCGAGCUCCGCGGGCCCCCAGGGGCCGCGCUCUCCGCAGAAGCCAGCCGCCACCGGCUGCCUCCGAAGCCUCGCCUCUGCGCUGCUGUACGCCGUGUUGGCGGCGGCCGUCGGCUUCGCUGCGCUUUACUGCCAGAAAGUUCUGGAGGAAGUCCGCGAGGCGAGCGCGAGGACCGAGGAGAGCGCGCGGAGGAGCGGCCAGCUGCGCGGCGCGGUGGACGGAGUCCAGCUCCAGGUGGAGUCUCUGAAGCGCCUGGUGGAAGGUCUGGAGUCGUCCCUGAGCAUCACCCGUUCAGAGCUAGAGGGCGCUGUCAGCAGAAUGAAGGCAGGGGAGCUGGAGACCAAGAAGGUGGACGAGACUGUGAGGAAUCUCCAGAGUGACCUUCUGGCUGACCUGUCUGAGAGCAUCAAGGAAGUGAAGGUGGCCCAGGAGAGCGACCUCUCCACCGUGGAGAGGAGCGUGGAGCAGCGGCUGGCCGAGGUCAGCGAGGCGCUCAAGGCCAGCGUGGCUGAGGUCACGUCGGCUCAUGCCGAGGUGCAGCAGCAGGUGGCCGGCCUCCAGGCGCUGGUGGGCGGGGCCGAGAACCCUGCGCUCCUCAGGCAGGAGCUGGAGGCCAUCGUCAACACGGUGGCGGAGAUCAAAGCGGCGCAGGGCGCUGAGGACUCGCGGGCCGGAUCGCUACGGGAGCAGAUCGGCUCGGUGAGGGAGGAGCUUCAGACACGCAACAGGGAGGUGGCGUCGCUGUCGGACGAGGUCCAGUCGGUGCGCGCGCUGGUCCAGGAGGCGGCGGGGAGCCUGAAGCGCUCCCUGUCCGAGGCCCAGCUGGACCUGCAGGCGCUGAAGGACCAGAGGGAGACCCUGGAGAGCGAGCUGGAGCAGGCCCUCAGCAGAGCACAAGAAGCCCAGAAGCAGGCCAGCGAGGCGGCGGCUCAAGCCCAGGGGAGGUCAGAGGAGCUGGAGACCAGAGUGAAGGCGUCCGAGGAGAGCGCCGACUCGCUGGCUGCCUCCAUCUCCGACAUCACCUACAAGGUGGACUCGCUGCUCGGGAAGGCGGGCACCCUGGAGAGCUCUGUGGCCGAGCAGGGACGCGCGGCGGACGACGCCAAGGUGACCUUGGGAGGAGAGCUGGCGCUGUUGAGAGGCCGGCUGGACCAGCUGCAGUCCACUCAGGAGAGCUCGGCUUGGGAAGAGCCGCUGGAGGAGCUGCGGAAGAGAGUGGUCUCUCAGGAGGAGAGUGGCCAGAGGGCGCUGCAGAGCUUGCUCUCCAAGCUGUCGGAGCUGGAGGAGAAGACCUCCGCCAGGCUGCAGAGUCAGGAACAGGCCAUCUCCUCCCUGCAGGAGGGCGUGUCCAGCAGCAGCAGCAGCCGCGCGGAAGAGUAGCGCCGCCGGCCGCCGCUCACACACUUGCACUGGACCUGAAGGAAGGUCAGCAGCGGGCGCUGCUGAUGGAGCUACAACACCGUCGCUCAUGGACCUUCUUGAACAUGAAGCGGGACCGUCGGUCCCGGAACACUCCAGAAUGGGUGUCACAGGACCUGGGUGAGGGGCCACUUGUAGUUCGGGUGCCAACAUGUUUCAGGGUAGCACUCCUUUUGUUUACUUUUUCCAAGGAAUAAAGAUUGUUUUGACAACAAACUGGAGCCGCUCUGGUCCAUCAACACGGGAGGAGAACCAGUCGUCCAUUAAAUACUCUGCAAGACCGAAGUUUAAGGAAGUUAAGAGCAACAAAUAUCUUCCACGUUCUGAACAAGAGGUGACGG